AUGAACAGUUCAAAAUCAUCGGUGUUGGCUGGAAAUGGUAUAUUUUCCAACACAACGUGUCGCACAGAAAAGAAGAUUUCUGUAUUUUUUUCUGUAAUUUUUAUGACAGUGGGAAUUUUAUCUAACACACUUGCAAUAGCAAUUCUUAUGAAGGCUUAUCAGAGGUUUAGACAGAAAUCAAAAGCCUCUUUUUUGCUUUUUGCUAGUGGCUUGGUUAUCACAGACUUGCUGGGUCAUCUCAUCACUGGAACCAUUGCAGUAUUUGUAUAUAUAUCUGACAAAGACUGGAUCCGAUUUAAUCAGUCAAAUGUUCUCUGUAGCAUUUUUGGCAUCUGUAUGGUGUUUUUUGGACUAUGUCCCCUUUUUUUGGGCAGUGUGAUGGCUGUUGAACGCUGCAUAGGAGUCACAAAGCCAAUAUUUCAUUCAACAAAAAUGACUUCUAAACAUGUAAAAAUGAUUUUGACUAUUGUAUGCCUUUUUGCUAUUUUCAUAGCUUUGCUACCUAUAUUUAGGUUGAAAGCCUACCAAAUUCAGGCAUCAAGGACCUGGUGUUUCUAUAAAACAGAACAUGUUGAAGACUGGGAAGACAGAUUUUACCUCCUACUUUUUUCAUGCUUGGGUUUAUUGGCCCUUGGUAUUUCAUUCUUGUGCAAUGCUGUGACGGGAAUUACACUUUUGAGGGUCAAAUUUAAGAGUCAACAUAGACAAGGCAGAUCUCAUCAUUUUGAAAUGAUCAUUCAGCUCUUGGCUAUAAUGUGUGUCUCUUGCAUUUGCUGGAGUCCAUUCCUGGUGACCAUGGCCAGUAUUGGAAUAAAUGAAAAUCAUUCCCGGGAAUCCUGUGAAACAAUACUUUUUGCUCUUCGAAUGGCAACAUGGAAUCAAAUUUUAGAUCCAUGGGUAUAUAUUCUUCUAAGAAAAGCUGUUCUUAAAAAACUCUUCAAGAUUGCUAGGAGAUGUUGUGGUGUGCAUCUCAUUAACUUUCAUAUGUGGGAACUCAGCUCCAUUAAAAAUUCUUUAAGAAUCGCAGCAAUUUCUGAUUCACCAGUUACUUCCAAGCAAAUGAAUCAGCAGCCACUCAGUUCAACAGGGCAAUAAAAUGUAUUACAGAGAUUGGUGAAAUGAUCAUGAAG